AUGAAGUUUGAACGAACUCAGCGAUUCUCCUUGUUGCUGUUUGCUCUUGUUGUGUGGCUUUGCUACUCCAGAGCACCGGUAUCGGAUGCAAGUCGAGGAAUUACACCAGUCUCCAGCAAGCAGCCACAAGAGCGACUUCUUUCUUCGUCAUCAUCGGCAUCGUGGAGAAUAAAUGAUCAAACACUUGACUUGUUACCCAAGCUUGAUCAUGACAAGAACUCCAAACGCUCGCUAAUCUUAACAGACAUUGGCUGGAACAAUCCCGACCAAUCCUAUGCCUUGCGCUGGUUUACCAGGUCGAUCCGUACCAGAGAACUCUUGCAAGCCUUUGUACGUCACCCAGAUUUUGACGCUACUUUUGUCUGGAGCGACAUGAUGACCAACGCUAGUCAGGUCGAGAUCGAUCCGCAGAAGGAGUAUGUUGUGUUCAUGGAUAUUGAGAGAACCUUUGAAUCCAAUGCAGACAAGAAAUUUGGACGCGUGGUGAAAAGCAAAGACAACCCCUGCCAAAGACUUCCCUUGGGGACAUGUCGGGAUCUCGUAAGUGGGAUUUUAGAUUCGCCUCUAUUUCAACUUGCAAAGAAAUCAACGCUAUUUUUGAUGGAUUGCUCUGGUGGGGGUCUUCAUCCACAAUAUCGGCACGAUUUUGAAACGUCCACACAAGUUUCGGUUCUAUCUGUUGGGUCGGUCGCCGGUCAACUACAAGACAAAUCCGAUAUGGGGCUGCCUCACGCUGCUGUGUAUCCUAUAUAUCUUAGCGAUGGUGAAGAACAAGACAUUCGCUCUUGCGAGAGCGACAAGACAACAACCAACAGUAGGCCCCACUUUUUCACCUGGAUCGGCGACGGUAGAAUAGGGAGUCCCAGGGGAGGCCUCUUUACACUCCGCAAAGAUGCUAGAGAUGGCGAGGAUGUUGUCAUUAUGCACGACAAUGAAUACAAAAAAGAUUUACUUUCAACUUACAAAGGCCACGUACGAAAGUCGCUGUUUGUGGCCACUCCUCGAGGGAUGGAUCACUCUCCAUACCGCUUUACCGAAGCUCUGAGUGCAGGUGCCAUUCCAGUAGUUCAUUCCGAUGGGUGGGUAUUGCCAUUCCGAAAAAAAGUAGUUGAUUGGAGCAAGUGUGCUGUGAUAAUACCAGAAGCCAAAGUUGACAAGACGUUGCAGAUCCUCCGAAGCAUCAGCCAACAGCAACGGUGUCGAAUGCGGCAACACUGUUACUUUGAGAUUUACCAAAAGUAUAUGGCCAACGCCACGGCCAACCUGGAAGGAAUUCUGGAGAGUCUUCGAGCCAUUUGA